CUGUUUCCAACCUAGACGAAGAGAGUAGAUGGACCGUGCACUACGCUGCUCCCUGGCACCAGCAGGAAAAUGUGUUCCUGCCCUCCUCAAGACCACCUUGUGUGGAGGACCUGCACCGACAAGCCAAGCUGAACCUCAAGUCAGUACUGAGAGAGUGUGACAAGCUGCGGCGGGAUGGCUACCGGAGCUCACAGUAUUACUCUCAGGGCCCCACCUUCUCCUCGUCCUCCAGUGCAAUCUGUGGAAGUUACCAGGAUGAUUAUGAAGAAAUUGAACAAAAGUGUCCUGUCUCUUCCCCAGAAGAAGAAAAGCUUAUUACCAUCAAAAGGCCUAAAACUCCAGUUUCAAAUGAGUUCUCAGAUAUCAACACCCAAACCAACUGGACUAAGUCGCUCCCACUGCCAACACCAGAAGAGAAAAUGCGACAACAAGCACAGGCAGUCCAAACAGAUGUGGUUCCUAUUAAUGUGACUGGUAGGCUUUUAAUUUCAGUUAUUACAUUCCACUAA